AUGGGAACCACCAUGGUACUAAUUCUAAAGCACUAUUCAAUAAAUGAACAAGAACUCUUUUCUGUUACCACUAAACGCUGGUUGUACAACGACGACAAGCAACGUGCCAUUCGUCAUGUACCUUUCAACGUUCAGGCAUUUAUUGGCAUGGCUGUCCAAGCGGCGGAUGCCCGGACAUGCACGUCUCUCAAGAAGAUUCAGGAUGGGACUAUGAAUCGUGUCUUUUCCCUGAAACUCGACAACGGUGUUGAUCUCAUUGCGAAGAUCCCCUUCCCUGUCGCAGGGCCGAAGCAUUUCUGUACCGCAAGCGAGGUGGCAACUCUGGACUAUCUCCGUAGCGAACAUGGAAUCCCUGUCCCGAAUGUACGCGCGUGGUGUUCCAAGGCCGACUCGACGCCUGUUCGUGCGGAGUACAUCCUCUAUGACAGAAUCCCCGGCGUGCCGCUCCACGACCACAAUGGGACGGAAGUUCCAAUCUUAAAGGACCCUUACGUUCAAGUCCUCCCCGCUGUCCGGCGUAUCGAAUCGCGUCUGGCGAGUACGCAUUUCUCCCAAAUAGGCAGCAUUUAUUACAAAGAGGACAUACCCGACUCGCUGCGAGAUCGUCCUCUAGGUCCUUGGUCGAACGUGCAUUCGUAUAUGUUCGCCCUGGCAGCGUGUGCACGGGCAUCCAUCAACAAAUUCUGCACUGAUCUUUCGCUACAAGAAGCCUACCACGACGUUGUAACGGACUACGAAACGCUGGUGCCACAUAUCGCCCCGCAGGACUCACAAUACAUCCUUUGGCACCCCGACCUUCACGCAAGCAACAUCAUCGUCACUGAAAUGACGGACUCAUGCACUCUACGGGGCGUUAUCGACUGGCAAGGAGCACGCGUUGCGCCAUAUUAUACUCAGCUCGACCCUCCGCCCGCCUUCACGGCAGAGGAGCACCCCCUCGUCGACUCUUCGAAGGACGACGGACCAGAGCUUUCCGUUCAGUUGGACACCCUGACUGACCCUGAACAGCAAAGGCUGGCACGUCUUGCCUUACGUCGCGCCUGGCGUGCACACCUCCACCGGAUUCUCAUGCGCAACGACGACCCCGAGCUCGCGCACGACCUGUAUGAACCGAUGGGGGUGAUGGCGAAACUCAUCAGGACCCGUCCUGCCACUCUCAUCACACGCGGGUUGGAAGAGGGUCUUGACCUCAUCCGCCACAGCUUUCUAAUGAGCCGCGGUCUAUGGGGACUCGCAGUGGGUGUCGACGGGGGCAGGGUCCCCCUCAUGCCUUUCCCGCUCCAUAUAUCCGAUGAGGAAGAGAAGAGGAUUACCGAUGAGUUGACGCAGCGUAGACACGAGGCAUCGGCGGCCGAUGAAGUGUUAGAACGCCUUGGGGUCCCGCUGGACGGCGAAGGCAUCGUGGACGUUCAAGAUUACGAGAAAGGCAAGCAUGAGAUUGAGGACGCCAGACAGGCCCUUCUGGAUAAGACGUUCUCCCAGGAGGAGAAAGAUCGUUUGGUCAAGACAUGGCCUCUGCAAAAUGGCAAAGUAUCUUUGACGGCGGAGACUUGUCACUAG